AUGCGUGCACGCACAGGGGGGGCGUCGGCGGCCAACCAGGACGGCAGCGGCGGCGCGGGGGGCAACGGAACGGCGCGGGCGCGCGCUCUAGCAGCAGGGGGCGGCGACGCGAGGAGCAGGGGGUUCGGCGACGCGCGAUCAGAGGCGCUGGCGGCGACGAGCAUGCAGCGAGGCGCGGCUCGGCGAAAUUGCGAGGCCAGGCGGGGCAACGCGGUAGUGGGGGAGGGCUGCGGGCGUGGAAAGGAGGCCGGAGGCGGGGUGCCGGAGCGAGACGCGCGGGCGGGGCACCGCGGGGUUGGACGGGUGAGGCUGUCCGCGGGCGACGGCGGAGCCGAGUGCGGGGGAGAGGCAGGGCGCGCAGGGGAGAGAGGAGAGGGGAAGCUCACAGGGGCG